UUUAAUUUUUACUGUAACUUGAUAUGGCUGACUUUGUACAGUUACCUUUUGGUGCUAAAAUAUUAUGGGAUCGCAAAGGACUGAUAUCUUCAUCUGUUGUAUUAUUUAUAUGGAUGUAUGGUCAUCUCAUAGUUUUUCUACCAAUUCUCGUACCUCAUUAUAAAGAUGGAAAUAUUUCUAGCAUUACAAUUUCAGGAUAUCUUUUUCUCAGCAUCGCAACCAUUGUUGCAUUUUUCCGUUCCAUGUUUUCAGACCCUGGAAAGGUAGAAAAGGUUGAAGAUACAAAGAUUGAUUGGCGAACAUGGGAAAAAUGUGUGCGAUGUUGCAUGGCUCGACCUCCAAGAAGUCAUCACUGUAGCAAGUGUAAUUAUUGUGUGUUGAAUAUGGAUCAUCAUUGUCAAUGGAUCAACAACUGUGUUGGGAAAAACAACUACUGGAUUUUUUAUUUGCUGCUCUUCUAUGCAUUUCUAUUUGUCAACCUGAAUAUUGCGCUUUAUCAUUUUCACAAGUGGAGUUGGUUUGGGGAUUGCGAAUCAUGUACACAAAUCACUUGGAUACACCCGUUGGAAAACCCUGUCAAAGCAAUAUCAUAUGGUAUUGCUAUUCUUGCAUUUGUGGGAAUCACAUUGCUGCUUAUGCUUACUGGAAUACACAUAUCUAUAGGUCUUUCAACCAUAGAAGCAUUAGAAGAUCCUAAGGCAGCGAUAUCUAGAGUUCUAAAAUAUGGAAGCAUCUUCCCAAGGUUCUCCUCCUUGAAGACAUUGUGUGGAACAAAAAACGCCUUCUUGUGGAUCAUGCCUUGUAGGACUCGUGAAAAGGAAAGUGACAAAAAUGCUCGGCUUCACGUAAUUUGAGAAAUGUGUUUGAUUGUGUUCAUCAUGCUUGGUUUUUUCACACACAUGAGCACAUUUGUUACAGUGUGUUUUAUUUUUGCAAUAUAAUGUCUAUUUUUAUAGUACAAUUGUAUUAUUUAGUACACAUUUCAUUUGAAGUUUCCUCAAGUCAAGCCUGGAAUGUCUGAUAGCUUUUAGCUUGUAAUCUCAAUUCUUAAAACAUUGAUCAUAUUCUAAUACAUCUAUGUUUGUGGUAACAGCUUUCCAGUACAUAUUGUUAUAUUUUGUGUAAAAUGUAUGCUACUCAUGCUCAAGUAGGUAUUGUUUAAAAACUUAGUUUUAUUACCCACAUUAUCCUCUGUUGCACUAAUUAUUUUCUCUCAAGUAUGCAAACCAUAUAGUCUGUUUCUUCAUAUUCUGGUUGAACUAAUACAUUUGUGAAUUGAGUAUUUA